AAAAAAAUGACAACACACGAACCAGCAAAUCACCUGCUACUCCCACCCGAACUAUUCCAUCAUCACAUCUUUUUAUUUCUCGAUACAAAAACCUUGAAAAAAUCCAUCUCACUCCUCUGCCGAAACUUUUACGAAUGGGUGAGCGAGAAUGUUCGCUCUCUCGUGUUGGAUUUUAAACUAAUCCCAUCGAUCAAUCAAAAGAAGGCAAUCUAUGAGUGUGCGAGUGGUGGAUCGUUUCGUAAUAUUCAGAGUUUGACUUUGAAAAAUGUAAAUGAUGGAGUGAAGGGAUUGUUUGUGGAAAAUAAUUGGACGAAACUUACUAGUUUGCAUAUAGUUAUUGGAAGGUUGGGGUUGAAAGAUUUGGAGGAAGUUUGUUCGUUGAAGCAAUUGACUAGUUUGAGUUUGAGAAAUAAUAGUCAAAUAACGAAUGAUAUUUAUACGAAUAUUGCCGAAUUGAAACAUUUGACAAGGUUGAAUUUGAGUGGUCUUCAUAUUUCUAAUAAUUGGUAUUAUAAUUUUGUUAAAUUUGGUCCAACUGGAUUGAAAUCAUUGAAUUUAUCAUGUUGUAAUAUUGAAGCAGCUCAAUUGAAUCUGAUCGGAACAUUGUCAACACUUGAAUCGUUGAAUUUGGAAGGGUAUACGAAUUUGAGUACAUUAGAAUCAAUAGACAAGUGGAAUAUGCCAUCUCUCACUUAUUUAAACCUUGAAAAUCGACCAUUCUCAAAAUCAUUAGGAGAUGUCUGUAAAUUGACCUCAUUGAGAACUCUUAACAUGUCCAAUUGUGGAAUUAGCGACAAAAUGAGCUGGGAAUUAAUAUCUUUAAAUUUAUUUCCUAAUUUAACAAGUUUGGAUGCUUCACAUAAUAAUCUUUCAAUAUCCUGGUUCCAAAACAAUGCUCCAAAUUUAACAAACUUGAAUCUGACUUGUUGUGGAAUUGAUGAUACGGAAAUUAUUCAAUUAUUUAGUGGAAUAGCUCCAAAACUUGCCAUACUCGAUGUUUCAGAAAAUGAGGUGACAGAUGACGGGAUAUCGACAAUAUCGACCUCUCCAUAUGCUUCCAGUUUGAGAUCUAUUACUUAUGUUUCUACUAAUAAUAUAUUUGUAAUAACUGAUUUGAGUAUGAAAUUCAUUUCCAAUUCUCCAUAUUUAGAAAAUUUAACACAAAUUAACUUUUCUGGAAAUCAAAUCUAUGCCAAAGGUCUUUUAUACUUGAGUCAAAGCUCCCUUGUAAACUUAAAAGUUUUGAAACUCUGCAGAACGAACAUUACCGAGUCUAGUUUUAGAGAAUUCAUGAAAAGUGGAAAUAUGAAAAGACUUUGUGAGAUUGAUUUCACAAAUUCAAUUUAUUUAGAUAAAAGCGUGUGCAGAAAGGCCUUUCCUUAUCUUAAGAGGUUGAAUAGAGUAAGCGUUUUCGAAUAAAUUAGUUCCGUUUUGAUAAU